GAGCUGCUCACGCGAAACACCAUGGAGUUCUGAAGACUAUGAUGAGCAUCGAGCCACGGAACGAGCAGCAGAUGCUGCGCCAGUUCUGGAAGAAGUACCCCACCUACAACCUCAACGCGCUGAUGCGCAAGCGGUACGAGGAGCUCAUGGACGCCAGAGCGUUCAACGAGUGGCUCCAGAACCGGCAGCUGAAACGGCAGGGCGAGGAGUACGCCGACGCCAUAGGCAGGAUGGCGGAGACGGUCAACCGCAGGAUCCCCCAGCUCCGGUGGGCCGGCGCGGUGCUGGAAUACAUCGAAGAAGGCGAGCCUUCUUUCGGCAUCCCUCUGCCCAACCGCAACGCCAGCAUCUACAGAUCCAGCCACUUCUACCUGGACGAAUUCCCGCAAUCCACGGAGCCGUUGGCCGAAAAUCCAAGGCCGCACACUCAGCUGGGAGCGGCCAUCGAGAACGACUUCGAAUCCGCCGACGAUGGCUAUCAAGGCAGACCUUUCCCUCAAUUGCAGCGCCCCAGUUUUCUGCAGCCUGGGCCCGACACAGACACGGAGGACGAAGCUUACCGGAGAGAUGGCUUCGAUCCGUCAAGGCCUCCAGAUCCAGGCCAGCCCAGCAGCAGUCUCAGCGGCCGCGUCGGCGAGGCCGCUGCAGCUGGGCUCACGAGCAUCAUUGCUGCCGGCGCCGGUGGAGUGGGCCAAGCUGCGCAGAACUUUGGCUUCAGGAAUGCCACCAGAGCAGCGAACGCAGUGGAGCAACGGGUGUUCCCGCAGAUCAUCGGCCGCCCAACAGACGCGCAACGC